AUGAGAGCAAAAUGGUCAUUUUGUAUUGCACACCUUGCUGUGUCGAUCUUUGCCGUUGGAGGCCCUCGAGACGUGGAUGAUGCGGGAGUGGUGCCACCCGCGGAGGCGGUUGUUGGCGUCUACAGUGGCAGCCCUCUUGAGAUUAACAAACAAAUCAAAGAUUACGGCCAAACUAAGAGCCAAGACCUCUUGGUCAGUAGAAGUGGCAGCAUGAAGACAAACACAAAAGAAGAUAAAAGAGCAGAAGUUGCUCUCGAACCCAACAAGUUCUUCCUCCAACCCUACCACAACGGUGUCCCUUGGUUAGCUUAUUUGAUUCUGCUUGCCCCUGUGGUCAAGAUUCGAUGGGGCUGGUUUAGUCUAUUCUGUGGAGGCAAGCUGUAUGACAUCAUCCCUGCUAGAUCUGUUGUAUUUCAUGUGGCUGGUCAUAAGCUGGUCAGUAUCAAUGGCUGCCAGAAGAGAAACCUCCCCUGCCAGGACAGCAUCGGCUACAAUUCUGGCCAAUUACCUUGCGUUUGCACUGGGGGACUCUCUGUUCGCACCCUUCACACCCAGUAG